AUGCUCAGUGAGGGAGUGGUUUUUGGUCCAGUAGUCUUGAAAAUAUUGAGAGAAUGUGAAGAACUUGAGUCAAUGUGCAAAAUAAAUGAACGCGUGGCAGAAAUUCAGGGUAACUUCAAAGUUUUAACAGCUGAGAUAGACAAAAUUCUCAAUCUUUAUGAACAGGCACAGGAGGAGAUAUCCCAGCUUAGUCAGGAAGUUAUAAAAUGCCCCAGGAUUCCUAAAAGCACUGUGGCAGAUCAAGCUGUAUUAAGACACAUGGAGACAGAAAGUGAUACGAAAGAUUUCCAAAGGAUGCCUAGAGAAUGUGAUAGCCUCCAGGUCUAGUUAUAGAUUUCCCAAGGAACUGCGUUUAAUGAAAAGGCUCAUUUGGAACACAGAAUUGAAGAGCUUGAAACUACUAUUCACAAUUUGGGAUGUGAACAGUUAGAACAGAUGUCCAAAGUGGCACUAAUGUAAGACACCAUUGAUUCUCUGGAAACUGAGAUGAAAAGAUUUACAAGAAAAGUACUGGAUUCUGAAACUGAGCUGAAUUGACAGGAAGCUGAAUAUGCUUCUCUUAGUUUAUUGAAUGAAAAGACAGAACUGAAUCUUUCAGAGAUUCAGUGAGGCUUUGUGAAGAAAAAACUUGAAAUGCAGCUUAGUCAAGAGAAAAUUAUGCAUUUAGAUGAAAAAACUGAUAACUUUUCAAGAUAAAGUCUUGUACCUUCGAAAGAAACUGGUGCACAACUAAAGUCAUCUUUACAAGACUGUGUGGAAGAAGAAAGAGAGAGGAUUGCUACUUUUCAGGACAGCCUAGCAAUUAAAAAAAUUAUUUCAGAUUUCAAGAUCCUGAUUUCAGAGUUGGAGCAUUCCAAAUGCCAAGGACAAAAAUCUGCUGAAGAAGUCUCUGUCUGUGAGAAGGGUAUCACCAGUUUGCAUCAACAGCUGCAAAAAACCAACAGGACUCAGAAUAACAAGAACAGAGAAUCAUUUUCUCAGGAGAAUGACAGACUACAAGAGAAUCUUUCUAAUAUUAAGCAAGAAAUUCAUGUACUGUAUAAAAAACUAGCAAAGUACCAAACUGAGCUUGAUGAUAUUAAGUUGAAAGCCCAGGAUUCAAGCAGAGAUAUUUUCAGGCUGAAGCAUGUGCUGAAGUCUAAACAAGUUUUAUGUGUUAGUAGAGAGAACUGUGAGCUCUUGGAGAAUAAUCACAAAGCCUGUGAACAAGGAGGAAGUUAGGAAGCAAAAUGCCAUGAAGCAGAAACAGGAUUUUCCUGUUAGACUGGCAGAUCAGUGCAGUCUGAGAGCCACAGUUGGAAAGGGAAAAUAGAGUCCCUUGAAACACAGAUGGAGUAACAUUUAACAGAAGCAACAUACAAGUCUCCUAUUUCUGCCUUAAACAACUCUCUUGUGAAAAUGGGCCAAGGGCCUCAAAACAUACAUUAGGAGAGAGUCUCUGUACUUUCAAAUGUCACAUCUACAGCAGAACUUUGCAUUAAACUAGGCAAAGAACUAUUAAGUUAACAUUUAAUUUCCACAGCAGAGAAGGUAGAAAGGCUGCAGAGCAAGUGUGAGUCAAGCCAUUCUGAAACAGAGCUGCUGAGAAAACAACUGGAAAAUGAAAAGGCAUCUAUGAAAAAUCUGGAAUCUUUGCUUGUGUCCAAUUGUGAGAACAAAUUUCGGUCACAGGGAGCAAAGCAAGAGAAAGACUCUAAAAUUCAGUUUCUCAAGGAACAGCUUGCUUUAGUAGAAAAUAAUCUUGCUGUGCAGAAUCAAGAUUUUACUCACCUCAGAAACAGAGCAGCUCAGUUAGAGUCAGAACUGGAUAUCACCAAAACACAGCUGGGGACUGAGUGCUUUGAUAGGCAAGUAUAUCUUGAGGAGCUUCAUCAUCAGAGUUGUACAAAUUCACAUCAGUUAAGCUCUACAUUAAAAACAUCAUGACCUCAACAUUCCCAUCAUCGAUCUCCUAGUGGGUCUCUGGACUAG